CUUUAAACAUGACCCGGAAGUUAAACGUGACUAAUGCUUCCUCGGUUCACGCACGGAAUCACGCUCACGUGCAGUAAAUCGUUUUAUAACAUGGGAGAAGUGGAAGUGGUUGCUGGAAGUUACGAGCAGAUAGUUUUUGGUUAUCGAGUGUGCCCCAGUGAAGAGGAAUGGAGAAUAGAGCCAGUCUUCACACACCAUGCUCAUACAGCAUCCCUGUCUGCAGUAGCAGCUAGUGAGCAGUUCAUUGCCACAGGCAGCAAAGAUGAAACAGUUCAGCUCUAUGACAUGAACACAAGAACUGAACAUGGAGCCUUGUUGCACCAUAGUGGUACUGUCUCGUGUCUGGAGUUCUAUGGUACCUCCCAUUUACUAAGUGGUGGGGAAGAUGGUCUUCUGUGUGUAUGGAGCACAAAGACAUGGGACUGUUUAAAAACAAUCAAAGCACACAUGGGCCAUGUAACUUCUCUGUCAGUACAUCCAUCUGGGAAACUUGCACUCUCUGUUGGAACAGACAAGAAAUUGAGAACAUGGAAUCUAAUAGAUGGAAGGUCAGCUUUUGUCAAGAACAUAAAGCAAGAUGCGCAGUUAGUGCUGUGGUCACCGGUUGGGGAUAAAUAUGUUGUAGUUAUGCAUGAUAAAUUGGACAUCUACAGCCUGGAGUCUGCUAGCAUUACAGGCACCCUUACCUAUCAAAAGAGGAUUUCAUCCAUCAAGUUUUUGAAGAAUACACUGCUGGCUGUGGCAGGAGAUGACGAAUAUGUGAAGGUAUACGAUCUGCUCUCUGAAAAGUGCAUUUGUGAGUUCAGAGCUCAUGAGAACAGGGUAAAAGCAAUGGACAGCUUUUUGAUUGAUGAGUUGUGUGUGCUGGUCACAGCAUCUAAUGAUGGAUUCAUCAAGCUGUGGAAGUUCAAUUUGGAGAGCCCAGAGGUGGUAUGUCUACUGAGCCAGGUGAACACCACAGCUCGUCUCACCUGCUUAUCUGUAUGGAGACCCAAAACAGGGAGAGAACUCUCAGCAGAGCAAAUCACCCAGUCAGCAAGCAUGCUGUCAGCUGAUAAGGAGGCUCUUCUGUCCCCUACAAGCAAAAGAGUGAGAAAUACAGAGAAGGUGGUUUCACAACACUUCUCCAUCAGAAAACCACCCAAAAAGAAUAAAAAACAGAAAGUGCAAUAAACUUGCAUUGUUUAAAAUGA